ACUUCCUGUCUGAUCGGAGACGGCGUGGGACGCGGAACUGAAGUGGUUUUGCCCGUCUCGCUGCGAUAUAUAUAGAAAAUACAACUUUUAUAGUGUUAACACACUAUAGGAUUAGCUGAACAUCCAGAUUGGUGUAGGCUGCUGUUGUCAUGGCAACAUAUAGCAACUGUUGUGCUGAUGCUGAAGACGGAGGUGAGGGAGAGGUCGCCACAAAACUGUCCGCCACAAAAUUGUACCCGUGUGAGGAGUGCAGUAAGCAGUUUGCUAGGCUGACUACACUGAAGAGACACAGGCGAACUCAUACAGGGGAGAAACCCUACGAGUGUGAGGAGUGCAGCAAACAGUUUUCUGAGCUGAGUGGUCUUAAGCGUCAUGUGCGCACUCACACAGGGGAGAAACCCCACAGGUGUGAGGAGUGCAGCAAGCAGUUCAUUGAGCUGAGUAAACUGAAGAAACAUAUGCGGUGUCACACAGGUGAAAAACCCUACUUGUGUGAGAAGUGCAGCAAACAGUUUAAACUGCUGGAUACUCUGAAUGCCCACAUGCGCACUCACACAGGGGAGAAACCGUACAUGUGUAAUGAGUGUAGCAGGCAGUUCAGUGGGCUAAGUAGUCUAAAGAGUCACUUGCGAACUCACACAGGGGAGAAACCCUACAUGUGUGAGAAGUGUGGCAAACAGUUCAGUGCACUGGAUCAUCUGAAACUCCACAUGCAAACUCACACAGGGGAGAAACCCUACAAGUGUGAGGAAUGUAACAAAAAAUUUAGUCAGCUGGGUAAUCUGAAGACCCACAUGCGAAUUCACAGAGGUGAGAAACCCUUUAAGUGUGAAGAGUGUAGCAAACAGUUCAGGCAGACAGGUGCUCUGAAGAAUCACAUGAAAACUCACACAGGAGAAAAACCCUUCAAGUGUGAGGAGUGCAGCAAGCAGUUCAGUGAGCGGGCAACUCUGAAGACGCACGUGCGCACUCACACAGGUGAAAAACCUUACAAGUGUAAGGAGUGUAGCAGGCAGUUCAGUGAGCCAGGUAGUCUAAAGUCUCACAUGCGUACCCACACAGGUGAGAAGCCCUACACCUGUGUACUGUGCAGUAAACGGUUCCGUCACCUGAACACUUUGAAGAGACACCAGCAAGUUCACACAAAAGCUGAAUGUUUGAGGAACACAGGCUUUUAGCCAGGCAUGCGUCAACGCGUCAUCUGAAUGCACUUUUCUCAGAAUAACAAGAAAUUUGAUGCCCCUGGACGCGCUUACACUGGGGAGAAAAUUGUCUGACAAGCAUGAAAGUCUGAUUGACUAGGG